CAAAGGGACCGAUUUGGCAACCGCAGCGUUACAUUUCUCGUAUGCACGUCCGCUCUCCGUAAACUCAAGGGCUGAUGGGCAGGGAAAUUAAGAAGCUACAUCACAGGCAUGGAACAUGAAGACAAAAGAGAGAGUCUGCAGAACCUGGAGGAGUUUCACAUUUCAGAAGAAUACGGCUUUGUUCUCCCUGACCCACUGACAGAACUGCCAGAUUAUUACGCUCCCUGGAUGAAUGUUGCAGCCAACCUGCCCCACCUGAUAGAGGGACAUCAGCUCCGCCGGGAAGUAGCAAAGAUGCCACUACUCAGCACACAGUACCUGCGAGGACACAGGCAGCUGCGCCUGGCUCGCCUGGCUCUCGGCUUCAUCACAAUGGGAUACGUAUGGCAAGGAGGCGGCAGACAGACAGUGAAGAUCCUUCCCAGAGUGCUCGCGGUGCCUUACUGCUCGAUCUCAGAGCUUCUCAACCUGCCGCCCAUCCUCGUCUAUGCAGACUGUGUUUUGGCAAACUGGAAGAAGAGAGACCCCGGUGGACCCCUGAACGCAGAGAAUCUCGACAUCUUGUUUUCAUUCCCUGGAGGGGACAGCAACAAAGGUUUCUUCCUAGUCUCUCUCCUUGUUGAAGCAGCAGCUGCAGCUGGAAUCAAGGCAAUCCCCAUUAUUGUCAAUGCCAUAUUGCAUCAUGGUCUUUGCUCCUUGGAAACAGCACUGCAGGAUGUGGCCUUGUCUAUAUGCAAGAUGCGUGAAGCUUUCAAACUGAUUCACGUGUGUGUAAAUCCAGAAGUGUUUUUCAGAUCCCUUCGCAUCUACCUCUCAGGCUGGAAGGACAAUUUCCUGAUGCCAGAGGGGCUGGUGUACGAGGGGGUGUGGGACAGCCCCAAGCAGUUUUUCGGCGGCAGUGCAGCGCAGAGCUCGACAUUACAGUGCUUUGAUGUGCUGCUAGGAAUCCAGCACAGCACAGCCCAAGGGUUCUCAGCAGAGUACCUUGGUUGCAUGAGGGAUUACAUGCCAGCGGCUCACAGGGCCUUCAUUCAGACCCUAGCUUCUGGCCCCUCCCUCCGACAGUUUGUCCUGGCAACAGGAGAUGCAGGCCUGCAUGCAGCUUUCAACAAGUGUGUGUCGGCGCUGGCGGACCUACGGAGCUAUCACAUACAGAUUGCCACCAAAUACAUCACCAUCCCGGCCGUGAGGUGCCGAGCGGAGCAGCAGCAGCUCGGGGGCUGCGUCCACGAGGGCACGUCAGUGCUCUUAGAAAGGGGAACCGGUGGGACAGGGUUUAUGCGCUUUCUCAAAGCCAUCAGAGACACCACCCGAAAGGCACAGCUCAGGGAGCAGGAGGCAACGGGUGCCAACACACUGACCUGCCCACGGUGAUGGCACAUUCG